AUGAACGGAGCUUCUUCGCUCUGCAAUUCCGUUUUGCUCCAUUCUCAUUCUCUCUUCCGUUUUCAGUCAUCGUGCUCGUUUGCUUAUUCUUCUUCUUCUCCUUCUUCGUUUCUCAUUUCUCCCUGUUUUACAACCUCUACGUAUAUCUCAAUUCCUCAGAGAUUUCGAGCAGUCGUCGUCAAUAGAAACGAUGGGUUUUGUUCAUUCGCUGUAAACAAACGCAGAAGCGGCGGUUCUGGGUUGAUUGAGUCGGAAAGCAAUCUCAACGACGAUGAUGAAGAGGAGGAGGAAGAUGAGGAUUGGGAUGAAUUUGAUUUAGAAGCUGAAGGAGACGGAGAAGACGAAGAAGACGAAGGAGAGUUUUUGCCGAUGGAGAAGAUGAAGAAAUGGCUGGAGAAGAAGCCUCGAGGGUUUGGCGUUGGUAAAAAGUACGAAACUUCGAUUGAAGACAAGUUGCUCGACGAAAUUGAGCAAAGCUGGAAAGCUCAAGCCGCGAAUCUCAACAAGCUCAAGAACGAUCCUCUCAAGCCAAAUCUCAAUAAUCUGAUCAAAGGAACUGGAGAGACUCAAACUGGGUUUCGUGUACGUGUGACGAAUCUGCCUAAGAAGAAGAAUGUUCAUAGAGAUCUCAAGGUUGCGUUUAAAGAAGUGAGUGGCGUCUUGAACAUAGCACCGGCUGUGAGUGGUAACAAGAAGACUAAAGAUCCUGUUUGCAAAGGGUUUGCUCUUGUUGAUUUCAAAAGCGAGGUUGAUGCAAACAGGUUUGUUGAGGAGUUCAAUGGACAGAGAUUGUCAUUUGGGAAAGUUGUGAAGCAGAUCAAAUGUCAAGUUGUGGAUUUCUCUUUAAACGAAUCAGUGGCUGAGGAGAAAUUAUGCUCGGAUACAGUCUUUGAGGAGCUUCCGUUUCUUGGUUUAGAAGCACUUUCUAAGCCUGAUGUUGUUGUGGAAGAUGCUUUCUUGGAUUCAGGGGACGAAUCAGAUGAUUCAGACGAUGAAACGGAUGUGGAAGAAGAUGAAGGAAAUGGUAUCUCUAGUAGCAUAGAACUGAGAAGUGAUUCGGAAACCGGCUUAGAGUCUCGGAAACAAGUUGUGAAGCGAGAGAUUAGAGAACAGGAGAGAUUAGAGACACCUUUAGUUUCAUUCCAGGCGAAGAAAUCAGAGGAAGCUGUAGCAGAAACACUCCUGGAUGAUGAUGAUGAACUUGAUAGGUCUAAUGUAGAAGAAGAGGUUGAUGAAGAGAAUCUUGAACCUCUGAAGAGUUUGAUAUCUUCUUCAGAUGAACAACGGAUUGAGAGAAUUCGCCAGCUGGAGAUUAAGCUUCUCGGUAGAGAGAAACUCGUGAGUGGAGAAGCAAAAACCGGCGUUAAAGCCGGAGAGAAGAAGAAGGAGAAAAAGAAGAAGAAGAAGAAGGUGAUUGUGAAAGGGCAAGGGAAGAUAGAAAUACCAGGUUCUUCAAAGAGGUUAAAGGUGAAGGAGAAGGCUCUCUUGACCGGUGUUUUAGUCAAGUAUGCAGCAAAAGCUGCUUCAACCUCAAAUGAUUGA